GAUUGUGUGCCCAACUAACAACAAUUUAACUGUUCUACCAUCAAUGUGGAGUAUCAUGGCAAAAGUGAGAUUUGAAGCAUUUCUCUGGGGAGCUGGAACAGCACUUGGCGAACUUCCUCCAUACUUCAUGGCCAAAGCCUCUAGGCUAUCUGGCACAGAUCAGAGUGACUCUGAGAUGCGUGAAAUAGAGAUGCUUUCAAAACGCAAACAACAUGGUGAUAAGCUAAAUGUUUUUGAACGUUGUAAACUGGCAAUGGAAAAAAUUGUGGAAAAAGUAGGAUUCGUGGGCAUUCUACUAUGUGCUAGUAUUCCAAAUCCGCUUUUUGAUCUCGCUGGUAUAACCUGUGGACAUUUUCUCGUGCCAUUCUGGACAUUCUUCGGAGCUACGUUUAUAGGGAAAGCUGUUAUUAAAAUGCACAUUCAACAAGUAUUUGUAAUUAUUGCAUUCAACGAAAACCUUGUCGAAAAAGCGGUUGAUAUGUUAGUACUAAUUCCGGUUGUGGGUCAUAAAUUGCAAGAACCAUUCAAAGCAUUUUUGCAGAAUCAAAAAAACAAACUGCACGAAGAAACAAAAUCACUUUCACAAAACUCAUCAAAUGUCAUUCCGAGUUUUUUUGAAUAUUUUGUCAUUAUUAUGGUAUGUUUCUUCAUCUCUUCAAUUCUUAAUUCACUGGCUCAAAAUUACUACAAGAAGCGCCGAAAUUUAAAAAAAGAGGUCUAAAAGAUACCUUUUUGUAAAAUUCUUUACGACAGAAGAGCUAGCAAUGUUGUAUAUAUAAAUUAUUUAUCCACUUAAAUAAAUA